CUAAGUGACUUUAGUGAGCUGUUAGUGUUUACGGAAAAAAGUAACGCAUUAACUUAUUAGUCCUCACAGGCCAAACUGUGAGGCAGAGUGGUUAACGUUAUGCUUCAGUUUGCUCUGGACCCGAGGACAGAGGAGAUAAAAGCAGACAGCCUUCUCCAGAGCUUAGUACGUGCCACGUGCUAUUCUUAGCUACAUAUCUGUUAACUAUACGAUCAGCACAACAUGGAGGCAAGGACGCUCCUGCACUCCUGCAGAUGAGGGAACUAAGAGGUGAAGUCACACGGGGCAGACCUGCAUGCAAACCCAGGUGUGCGUUGGACUCAUCGUGGUACUGAUCAUAUACAACUAUUGGUUCCUCUAUGUCCCUUACUUGACCUGGCUUUACUUUGACUGGCAUACCCCAGAGCAAGGAGGCAGGAGAUCCAGCUGGGUCAGAAAUUGGACUGUUUGGAGGUACUUUAAGGACUAUUUUCCAAUUCAUCUCAUCAAAACUCAGGAUUUGGAUCGAAGUCACAACUAUAUAUUUGGGUUUCACCCUCAUGGAGUGCUUGUAGCUGGAGCCUUUGGAAAUUUUUGUACAAAUUAUUCAGACUUCAAGGAGCUGUUUCCUGGCUUUACUGCGUAUCUUCAUGUGCUCCCAGUUUGGUUCCGGUGUCCUCUCUUCCGAGAAUAUCUGAUGAGUAGCGGGCCAGUUUCUGUUUCUAAGAAAAGCAUAUCAUACGUGAUGAGCAAGGAAGGAGGUGGAAACAUUUCCGUCAUCGUCCUUGGGGGUGCAGAAGAAUCACUGGAUGCCCAUCCUGGAAAAUGCAAUCUGUUCAUCCGUCAGCGGAAAGGAUUUGUUAAAAUCGCUUUGACCCAUGGCGCAUAUUUGGUCCCAGUGUUUUCUUUUGGUGAAAAUGAACUGUUUAAACAAAUUAACAAUCCUGAAGGCUCAUGGCUUAGAACUGUUCAGAAGAAACUACAGAAGAUGACGGGGUUUACUUUGCCCCUGUUUCAUGCGAGAGGAGUUUUUCAGUACAGUUUUGGCCUAAUGCCUUAUAGGAAACCUAUCCACACUGUUGUUGGCCGCCCAAUCCCUGUCCGUCGGACUCCGCACCCGACCUCGGAGCAGAUUGAGGAGCUGCAUCAGACCUAUUUGGAGGAACUGAAGAAAUUAUUUGAAGACCACAAAGGAAAGUAUGGCAUCCCAGAGCACCAAACCCUCGUUUUUAAGUGACUUCCCUCCUACAAAGCUAUAAAGGAGAACCAGAAGACGUCCCAUGGAGAGAAUAAAUACCUUAAAUAAGUUUUUUUCUUUUGAGUAUGAAAUCAAAUUUGUAACUGAAAAGUAUUAUUUAUGAUGACAGAUGUUGAUGUUUUAUUUGUGGUAAGUAAAAAUACAGUGCAUGAUUGUAGACAGGAUAAGUAUGGAGAUGACUAUGUGUAUAAGACUUUUUAAAAUAACUCUUCCUCGCUUAGGAAGGCUUGAUCAUUUUAUAGGUGAUGAGAAGAGAAUGAUUCAUGUGCUCCAAAGAAAUGACAACUUCAAAAAAUAAUUAGACUCUUUUACUAAAUCUCACAAUAACUUAAGGUGGCGUUUUCACUAAGUAUUGCAGCUGUUGUUCAGCACAGCUGCAACAUUUAGGAAACAUUAUAAAAUAAUUUUCCAUAGAGAGCUAGAAGAGAUAAAAAAAAAUUUUUUUUCUGCUUGAACAGGCCAUUUGUUAGUGAAUACUGUUACUUUUAAUAUUUAGAUAAUUCGAUCUUUUUGGUCAUGUCAACUAACACAUUUUUAUGCAAUAAUGCAGAUAUUUUUGUGUCAUUCUCAAAAUAGGAUGAACCUGCCAUAUGGAAUCCCACGUGGACAAGAGCCUUGUCUCGUUUCUAUUCACAG